UCCUCAUCAUCAUCAUCAUCAUCAUCAUCGUCGUCGUCAUGGAGACGAGGAUGUUGUUGUUUUCCGUUCUUCUCUGGACUGCUGGACACUGUAAGGUUAAAGAUCUGUCGGGGAAGCAGUUCACUUUUCCCAGUGAUCCCAGUGGUGUAAACGAGCCCCACGUUAUUCUUCAUGUCAACACUGUUUCCAUCCCUACGAUGACCGUCUGCCUUCGGUUCUUUUCUCAACUGAAACGGACUCAGGGACUCUUUUCUUUGGCGACUCGCGACCACAGCAACGCUCUGCUGCUGAUGAAGGACGGUCAGGGAUCGUACAAGGUCCACUCAGGCAGCGAUUCAUACUUCUUCCUGAAUCUACCGACCCACGAGCUGGACUGGAACUCGAUCUGCUGGACCUGGGACUCUGGGACCGGGCUGACCCAGGUGUGGCUGAACGGGCUUCGUACCUCCCAGAAGCUAAUGGGACUGAACUAUGUAGUGAGCGGGAAUCUGAGCAUCAUCAUCGGUCAGGAGCAAGAUGAAUUUCGAGGUGGUUACAACUUGAACGACUCGUUUGAAGGGGACAUUACUGACCUUCACAUGUGGGACCACAUCGUGUCUGCAUGUGACAUCCGGUCCUACAUGAAUCAGGGUUCCUUCGAUCCCGGGAACCUCCUCGACUGGAACAACCUCAGCUACAGAGUCUCAGGGAACGUCUUCAUCCAGGACAGCGAUUUCCAAGAACCGAUCUGUUAGUAAUGAGUU